AUGGGAAAGUUAUCCCCGUAUACACUAAGAUGUGAAUGUUAUUCAUGUAACCGCAAGUUCCAGACUCUCGUAGCUGGAGUCUUCAUAGUUUUGAUCAUUAUCAUCAUUGUUCUGGCUGUUUCAGUAGGAAAAUCGUCUAACCCACCUUCAGCUGGUCCAGAUCCUCCAGCCGCUGCCGGCUGCUGCCCGGACGGCUGGGUCGGGUACGGAGGGAAAUGCUACUACUUCUCCGAGGCCGAAGGGGACUGGAACAACAGCCAGAGCAACUGCUCCUCCUUCGGCGCCUCCCUGGCUGGGAUCGACACCCCUCAGGAAAUGGCUUUCAUUAAGCGCCAUAAAGACCUCUCUGAGCACUGGAUCGGCCUCCGGAGGGAACCGGGCCAGGUGUGGAAAUGGACCAACGGCACCGAAUUCAAUCACUGGUUCGAAGUCAGAGCACAGGGUGAGUGCGCGUAUCUGAACGAUGAAGCCGUCACCUCUUCUUGGUGCGACACGGUGCGAUACUGGAUCUGCAGCAAGCCUGCCGGACUUACGCUGAGAAAGGAGAAUGGUGCGCAAGGGCAAGCGGAGAUGUCAGAGCUCAGCUGAAGUGCUACUGUAUGCACAGGGACACACGCAACCCCCGCCCCGACUUUUCUACUCAACGUAUUUGAGGCAGCAGGGGAGUGGGGGUGCUAGUGACGUGCUGUAUCUUGUUUCUGUGCAAGUGAAGGUGGUCCAGAGCCUCUCAGCAUCUGCUUUUUCCUCAAC